AUGGAUGGAGGUGGCUCUGUGGAAAUCGAAGAGUUCCUUAUGGGCUGCCUUCGUCUACGUGGUGCUGCCCGGGCUAUCGACGUGUCCAAGAUCAUUCACGACCAGACAUGGCUCAUCAAGACUCAAGGGAAGUUUCAGACAUACGUGGAGGAGCAGAUGGCCGGGAUCCAGGAGGAGAUCGGCGGCCUGCGCCGGGUUUUGAAACAGGCCAGCCGCAGCGUCAGCGGUUCCUUUACUUCGCCAUCCUUGGGCGCUGUGAGCACCACUCCCUGA